AUGGCCAGCUAUCAGUACGGGAUGCCGACAUACGGAGCGCACGCUCAGAACCACCAGCACCAUGCCGGUGGGCGCAGUCGUCGUGGGCCGAGAGUGUCUUCGAGCAACGCCCAACGUCAAUACAGGGCGCAGAAGAGCCCGAAAGAGGAGGCACCACAAGUGCAAACAUACAAUGACUACUUGCGAGUGCUAGAAGCGGCAAGAGGGUUCGACUUCGACGACGACGAGGUCUUUUGCCCGUUCGACCUCCUGACCGAGGAUGAUUUGCAAUCUAUCCAUUCCUCGUCUGCCUCCGACAGAGGCUCGCUAUCGUCAGGCUCGCCCGAGGGCUCUCCUCUGCAACAGCAAGUUCAGCCUACAUCCUCAUUACUCCUGCCUUCGAUACCUACCUCGUACACUCCGGUGAACUAUCAUCAAGCGCAAACAAAGCUUCACCAACCCAUGGCGCAGCGCAACCGUAAUGCCAUUCCUAUCGUGGACCCUUCUACCCGCUCUGCGUCGAGUGUCUCGCCAGGCCGACAAGUUCAGCAGCCGCAGCAGUACGGCCAGCGUCGCUGGGCAUAA